CCCGGGUUGAGGGGGCUGGACCUCCGGGCUGCGGAUUAAGCUCCUCCCGUCGGCGUUAAUUUCAAACUGCGCGACCGUUUCUCACCUGCCUUGCGCCCAAGGCGGGGAGGCGUGGGGGCGGGGAGGCGUGGGGGCGGGACCCUAUUCUGAGAGGUAAUAGCACGCAGGUCUCGAGACAUCUGCAAUUCACUGAGCGCAUUUACGGAAGUAACGUCGGGCACUAUCGUUAGCUGCGAGGUGGGGAGGAGUACGCCCUUGGCGUAAGGCGGGGCGUAGAGCCUUCCCGCCAUUGGCGGCGGUUAGGGCGUUUACGCAACGGCCUGACGUAGAGGAAGACGCGUUAGUCGGGGGGGAAGGUUCUAGAAAAGCGGCGGCAGCGGCUCUAGCGGCAGUAGCAGCAGCGUCGGGUCCCGUGCGGAGGUGCCGCUAGCGGUGUUGUUUCUCGAGCAGCGGCAGUUCUCACUACAGCGCCAGGACGAGUCCGGUUCGUGUUCGUCCGCGGAGAUCUCUCUCAUCUCGCUCGGCUGCGGGAAAUCGGGCUGAAGCGACUGAGUCCGCGAUGGAGAAAACUUUAGAAACUGUUCCUUUGGAGAGGAAAAAGAGAGAAAAGGAACAGUUCCGUAAGCUCUUUAUUGGUGGCUUAAGCUUUGAAACCACAGAAGAAAGUUUGAGGAACUACUACGAACAAUGGGGAAAGCUUACAGAUUGUGUGGUAAUGAGGGAUCCUGCAAGCAAAAGAUCAAGAGGAUUUGGUUUUGUAACUUUCUCAUCCAUGGCUGAGGUUGAUGCUGCCAUGGCUGCAAGACCUCAUUCAAUUGAUGGGAGAGUCGUUGAGCCAAAACGUGCUGUAGCAAGAGAGGAAUCUGGAAAACCAGGGGCUCAUGUAACUGUGAAGAAGCUGUUUGUUGGUGGAAUUAAGGAAGAUACUGAGGAACAUCACCUUAGAGAUUACUUUGAGGAAUACGGAAAAAUUGAUACCAUUGAAAUAAUUACUGAUAGGCAGUCUGGAAAGAAAAGAGGCUUUGGCUUUGUUACUUUUGAUGACCAUGAUCCUGUGGAUAAAAUCGUGUUGCAGAAAUACCAUACCAUCAAUGGUCAUAAUGCAGAAGUAAGAAAGGCUUUGUCUAGACAAGAAAUGCAGGAAGUUCAAAGUUCUAGGAGUGGAAGAGGAGGCAACUUUGGCUUUGGGGAUUCUCGUGGCGGCGGAGGAAAUUUCGGACCAGGACCAGGAAGUAACUUUAGAGGAGGAUCUGAUGGAUAUGGCAGUGGACGUGGAUUUGGGGAUGGCUACAAUGGGUAUGGAGGAGGACCCGGAGGUGGCAAUUUUGGAGGUAGCCCUGGUUAUGGAGGAGGAAGAGGAGGAUAUGGUGGUGGAGGACCUGGAUAUGGCAACCAGGGUGGGGGCUACGGAGGUGGUUAUGACAACUAUGGAGGAGGAAAUUACGGAAGUGGAAAUUACAAUGAUUUUGGAAAUUAUAACCAGCAGCCUUCUAACUAUGGUCCAAUGAAGAGUGGAAACUUUGGUGGUAGCAGGAACAUGGGGGGACCAUAUGGUGGAGGAAACUAUGGUCCAGGAGGCAGUGGAGGAAGUGGGGGUUAUGGUGGGAGGAGCCGAUAUUGAGCUUCUUCCUCUUUGCCAUGGCAUUGAUAUGAGCCAUGGACAAGUAUAUUCUGCUGCCACAAAGACUGUAAAGUGCUUCAUUUCAACAGCUGAGGCAAGCCAAGUGAUCAUUAAUAAAGCUUUUCUUGGUUCCUUCAGUGGUGUUGGUAGUAAAAUGGAAGGUGUCUUGCUGCAGGUAACUAAUGAAGAAGUGGUCAACCACAGAGUCUUCAAGAAAUAAGAAAUUCUGUACCAUCUGAAAGUAGUUCUUGUUUGUGCCUUCAUUUAAAAAGCACUCUUUAAAAUAAAAGGGAAAUGUUUUCUGAAACAUUUAGUUCAGGUUCUUGAUAUAAAACGGUUACAAAAUGAGUGUUGUUUGUAAAACAGUAACAUCAACUUGGCUAGAGAGAUAAAUGUAUCAUGUUUUUAAAUUAGGUUUUGUGAGUAGACAGAUUAAAAUUCUAUUUUAAAGUUUAUAAAAUAAAUACUUUUGUAUCCAAAUAUUUGGUGUAAUGUUUACACAUAAAAUGUGUGAAUCUUGUUCUAUAAACAUUUGGUUGUCUAAAAGAUCACCAUCCCCUAAAUUUUUUAAAGCAGUUUCACAAAGCUAUGCAUAUUUUCUUUUAAUAUUUACAGAUAGAAGAGCACUGUGGACAUUAUUGGCUGUCCCCAAUAAAAUGCUGUUCAUUAUGCACUGUAUAUUCAGCGUUUGAGUACUCCUAAAGUUCCUGGCUUUACCUUGUAUGUUUAACAGUACUUGGCGUUUGAAAAUCAUGGAUUUUAAAUUAACCUGCCUGAGUGUUCCAGAUUAACUGCUUUUGCAAAGCACUGAGGCUUAAAAUAUGUACUAGAUUGUCAAAUGUCAAUUAGUUUUAUUGUGUUUUACACUGAGUAAAUGAGUAUCUGGUUUGUUUUUUUUUUUUUUUUUUUAAAGGCUUUUUAAAUAACGGUGUUUAUUUGGACAUUUACCUGAAUUAAGAAAACCAAAACAAAUAACAAGGGCCAAGUUAAUUGAUUCCAUGGUAAUUUCUUUUGGUUUUGAUAAUUUGAGGUAUCUUAACAGGUAAGUCAAACUAACAGCAGCUAACAAGUAUAAAGCAGCUUUGCAUUUGAAAUAGUAGUGGAAUUAAUCAAUUAGACUUGUACAAAUAGAUCAACUCCAAGAAAGUUAAUUUUGAAGGUUUAAAAAUGUGUGAUGUACAAAGAUGUUGAACGUUGAGAAUACAUCAAGUUAAUAGUAUGCACAACCUCAAAAUAGCAACUCUGAUCCAGCACGGUCAAGGGAAUAUCACACAAAUAGGGGAGAAUUAGGUAAUGCACAAUAGGCUGAAAUGAAUUGAUUUAAAGAGGGUUUACUGAAACAGGGUAAUGUUGGAUGUUCAACAUAGGCUUAUUUUUUGUAUGUAUUGUGUGUUGAGCCGUUUCUUGAAGUUUAAGAUAGUUCUUGUGGCAGCCUUGAGACAGCACCCUAAAUGAAGAAAGGCUGCCUUUUGCCUAGGGCUUUAUAUUGUUGCUGUGUAACAACUUAGCAGUUUCUCUAAACAAACUUCAUCUAUGGGUCAGCAGUUGGGAGCAAGUUAACUGAAUCAGGGUAAAGCUCAAGGUUGCAAUCACCAAAAACUAGGAUUGGAGAAUUUUUAUAUCCAGAGUGGCAUACUAACAGGGCUGAAAAAUUAAUGCCGUCAGCUUCCCUUGGUGAGUGACUAAAGCAAGAAAAGCUGUAAAAUGAACACUACAACAUAGUCAUGCCAUCUUGCAUCCUUUAUGGUUACAGAAUGUGGUGGGAGGGUUCUGUCCACUGGUAUAAUUACCAAGCAGCUAGGGAUCAUUGGGAACUCUUAGAUGCUGGCUGCCACACUCGAGGUGCCCUUAUUAAGUUUUUAUGCACUUCUGUGAAAUGAUCUGUAUGUAUAAGGUUUUCCAUGUAGUCUAAUUUGGUAGAUCAGUGCAAAAUGAGUUGGUUUAAAUCGGCUUGACCUAAUAUUCAUUAGGUGUUAAAAACUAACAAUGUAAGGCAACAAGUCUCAGUUCAUCAAUGUUGGUUGAAAAGUGCAAAAGGUAGAAAGGCAUGUAUUUCAGGACACCUGGAGUGUGCAUGUUGCUUAAAUUUGCUGAAGAUUUGGAACUAAUGUACUAAGAUGGUUGAUCACACAAUUUUGACAUUUCCAUUAUUUUAGUAAUGAAACUAACAUUGGCUUGUUUUGGGGUGUUGGAGGGGGUUUGAGGGAUAACCAGUGAGGUGUGCAGAUUUACCGGAGAACAAAUUUAAUGGUUCAAAGAUUGAGAUGGGGGAAGAAUGUUCUAGCUACUUGAGUGCAUUUAGGAAAGUUAAGAUUGUUAUCACAAACUUGUAUGCUGCUGCUGUUUUGUGUUCUGAAGAUCUGCUGAACCUAAGCCUGCUCUGAGACCAGGGGACCUCAAGAAAUCUAGAUGGCCUCGUUUGCUUGGAGUUUCUAUACAAUUGGCCUAAAAUCUGAUAAUGCUUGUGAAGAAGCUCGAGUGAGAAUUUUAAUUGGAAAAGUGUCCCACUUGGGUCGUCUUUAUCUUACUCAUAAAAUCAAGACUACUCAACUAGGUAGGUAAUGUGGAGAGUCCUAGCCAGCAGUUGUCAGCUUUUGGUCAUUGGCUUUGUCAUCUAGUUGGUUUGCACUAGAAACCUAAUGUGGAAUUUCAUGUUUAAAACUGGACUGUCAAUGAUACAAAAGCAAGCACAUCCAGUUUUUAUGCCUUGAAUCCUGCAUGUUAAGGUGAAGGUGGGGUUGUAUCAUAAAACCAGCCCAUAGUCAUUUAGAUCUUGUGAAGCUGACUUCCUAAUGCACAGAAGUCCCUUGUUCUGGGGGAGGGGGACAUCAGUUUCAGGAACCACCACCAUACCAAAAUAUGGAUGCUUUAGGCCCGUUUUAUGAAAUGUAUUUGCACGUGACCUAAGCAUAUCUCAUGAGUGAGUAUAGGUCACUUAAUACUGGUAGAAAGCUGGGUACAUAGUAUGCUGCAUUACAGUGA